AUGCUCUUCACAAGUUACCAAACAAAAAAAGAAAAAAUUAUGAAAAUUUUUAAUCUAACUAUAGAUCAAGAAGCUGUCACUAUAUCUCCACACUUACCGAUUCAUACCAUGCUGAAACCUAGAACUAAGACUACGGAAUCUAGUAGGAGACAUGCUUUUUCAUCAUUCCGUGAAAGAGUCGACUCAAUAAGAAUCGAACCAAGUAAAAAAUUAACGAAAAGAGUUUAUGAUUAUAUCGAUACAGAAGAUCAAACCGAUUCAUAUUUCUUAACUACAUUAGAACAUUGGAAAGAAACAAACUUAUCAGGAGUCUUCACUGAGUUUUUAAAUCAAGUUGAACAACAUUGUCAAUCAUUACCUCAAUUAAUAUACCAUAAAGAUUUAAUUUAUCAAGCUUUAAAUGAAGCGAUUGCUAAAAAUGAUGUUCAUUCAAUUCAACCAUUAUUAGAAUUAUUGUCCCAAUUCAUUCAUGAUUUAGGAUCGGAUUUCUUGCCUUACUAUACUCAAACUUUAAAAUUGUUAACUGAAUUAGUAAUGGAAGUCAAUCCAAAUGAUUAUCAAAAUAAUAGAAACAGUUCAAAUGUUUUGGAGUGGGCUUUCAACACAUUGGCAUUUUCAUUUAAAUAUUUAUCAAGAGAUUUAAUUAAAGAUUUAAAACCUACAUUUAUUGAAUUAUUACCUUUCUUGAAAUUAACUAAGAAAACUUAUAUUUCAAGAUUUUGUGCAGAAGCAUUAUCAUUUUUAAUUAGAAAACUGAGUUCUGAUUCAUUAGUUGAAAUCAUAAACUUUUCCCUAUUUGAUCAAUUAGAUGAAGUAUUGAAUAAUGAUUCAUAUUGUGAAUCUUUGACUAUCUUGUACAGUGAAGCCAUGAAAAACACAAAGGGUACAUUCCAUUCAAAAUCUCAAUCCAUCUUUCUGAAGUUAAUGGAGAUUUCAUUAUACAAAAUUGACGAGAAAGCACACCCUAAGCUUAUAAGUAUAAUUUCAGAUAUAACCCUUGAAAUCCUAAACCAUGGUACUGCUGAAUCCUGUGAUAAGUUUUACGUUAUGGUCACUGAUUACUUGAAUGAGUUGUUGGAGAAGAAUACUAAUGAAUUGGAAUUAUUAACUUCAUGUCAAAUAUUAUCUACAUUAUCGUUUGCUGAAUCAGGUAAAAAAAUCAACAAUUGGGACGUUGUUCUUAAUGUAGUUGACACAUUAGUUUCUAAAUUUCCACAAGAAACUUCACAAGAAUUAAUGGAAUCAUUCUUAUAUCUUAUGGUCAUUGUAUUUAGAAAUGCUGAUAUUCAAUCCUUGACAAUUCGUCACAAGAAAUACUUGGAUGCCGCUUACAAGACUAAUGGAUUUUUGACUUUUGCUGAAGGGAGUUUAUCUGUCUGUACUGCAAAAGUCACCAAUUUUGGAAUUUACAAGUAUAUUCAAAAUUAUAUUAAUAAUUGUACCAAUGAUGAAGCGGAGUCUUUGACAUUUUUCUUAGAAACUAUCAAUACCACCACUAAAUUUGUCAUUCCAGAUUCAUUAGCAUCUGAUAUCAGUAAGAAAGUCAAUUCCGAUAUCAAAUCAGGGUCAUUUGAGUCAAUCUAUUGGAAAUUAUUAUUGUUGAGUUAUUCCAAUACAUUCAAAGAAAUUGAAUUGAAAUUAUUGAAAGAUUUAUUAUUCAAACUUCGAAGUUCAUCACUUGAUAGAGAGUUGGCAGCUAUUGUAUUGAAUAUUAUUACUCAAAAAUUAAAUGAAACUCCAGAUUCAAAAUUACAAUCAGAAAUCACUACAUUCUUGGAAACAAAUUUCAAUAAAUUUGACAAAUCAUCAAAAUUUUUAUCUUCAUUAAGAGACUAUAUUUUAGUUACUAAAUCUGGAAAUUUCUUGAACAAAGCUAUCCAGUGUUUACAUUAUCCUACUCAUGAAUUACGUACCAAUGCCAUUGAAUUGGUUAUUACAUUACAAGAAGAACCAGAACCAUCAAGCAUAUUAUCACAAAUUAGAUUAAUUGAACAAAUUCCAUUGAAUAUUAGUACUGGUAGAGAUAUUACCCUUCGUAUUAGAAAUUUAGCAAUCGAAUAUCUGAAAGAAAUUAAACCUUCUAAUAUUGAUAAACAACUUAUUGUCAACUACUUAUUUGGGUUACUUUCUAAUAGAUUUCAACCUUGUUGGACAGCGGUUUAUGAAGCAUUACCAAUUAUUGCUAGUUCUUGUAAACCUGAAAUUUGGGAAAUUGCAUACAAAUUACUUACAUUGGAUUAUAAUCAACAAUCUUCUGAUGUUAUCGAUGAAUCUUUUGGUGUUGAAAGUAGCUUGAUUGAUUGGCAACCUAGAAAUUCUAGAUUAUUGAACAAUUUUGAAACUUUUGAUAGAAACUACUUAGAACCAUUCAGAAACAUCACCAAUUCUUUAGUCAAAUUAUCAUCUAAUAAAGAUGGGAAAUUUGAAGAAAUGGUUAGAUCACAUGUUUUAGCAGCUUUGAAAACCGUUCCUUCAGUGGCUGAAUAUAAUGUUACUAAAUUGAUCCCAAUAGUUAUUAAUCAACCAACUUCUUCUGAUGAUGGAGAUACAGAUGAAUUACAAUCCUGGUCAAGAAAAGAUAGAAACGACUUGCUUGAGUUAUUCACCAAAUUCAAAAAGAUUAGUAAAGUUCCUGAAGCAGAUGAAUUGUAUGAUUAUUUGUUGAAUUUAUUAACAAGUAAAUUCCUUAAAGUUCAACAACUUGCCCUUGAUGUUUUAUUUAAUUGGAAUAACCCUUCUAUUGUCAAAUACAGAGAUAAUCUUAAGAAUCUCUUGGAUGAUACUAUUUUCAGUGAUGAAAUUUCUAAAUUCUUGACUUCAAAUUCAAUAAUUGAAGAUCAAGAUAAACCAAUCCUUAUGCCAUAUGUAAUUAGAAUUUUAUUUGGUAGAGUUCAAGGUUCGCCAAAAAUUAAUAUUAAACAUGGAAAGAAGUUUGCCGUUAUCACCGUUUUACCAAGUUUAAAAGAUUCAGAUAUUAUUUCAUUUAUUGAGUUAGGUGCAAACAAAACCGGAUACAAGGAAUUCUUUCAAAACAAUUUACCCUAA